CCUCGCGCUCCGUCCCCUCCCCGCCGGCUCCCGCCGCUCCCGGCGCUCUGAGCGCGGGCCUGGGGACACGGGAUCCCGCCGCCGGGGCCGCAGCAUGGGGCGCUUCCGCGGGGGUCUGCGGUGCAUCAAGUACCUGCUGCUGGGCUUCAACCUGCUCUUCUGGCUGGCAGGGUCGGCUGUCAUUGGUUUCGGACUAUGGUUUCGGUUCGGAGGUACCAUGAAGGACUUCUCAUCGGAGGACAAAUCCCCAGAGUAUUUCUACAUGGGGCUGUACGUGCUGGUUGGAGCAGGGGCCCUGAUGAUGGCCGUGGGCUUCUUCGGGUGCUGCGGAGCCAUGCGGGAGUCGCAGUGUGUGCUUGGAUCUUUCUUCACCUGCCUCCUGGUGAUAUUUGCUGCUGAAGUAACCACUGGAGUAUUUGCUUUUAUAGGCAAGGGUGUAGUUUUUCAGGCUCUACGACAUGUUCAGACCAUGUACGAGGAGGCUUACAGUGAUUACCUGAAAGACAGGGAAAGGGGAAAUGGGACUCUCAUUACCUUCCACUCAACAUUUCAGUGCUGUGGAAAGGAAAGCUCUGAACCGGUCCAACCCACAUGCCCAAAGGAGCUUCUAGGGCCCAAGAAUUGCAUUGAUGAAAUUGAGGCCAUAAUCAGUGUUAAGCUCCAGCUCAUCGGAAUUGUUGGUAUUGGGAUUGCAGGUCUCACGAUCUUUGGCAUGAUAUUCAGCAUGGUGCUUUGCUGUGCAAUACGAACCUCACGAGAUGUGAUAUGAAGCUACUUCUACAUGAAAAUUGCAAUCUAGAGCUUCCAUAGAAAUGUCACCGGAAGUGUCUCCUGACUCAUUUUUAAUAUUCAAAGGACAUUAGUAUCUAAAAUAAUAUGCUGUUAAUUGUACAUUUGCACAUGUAUGUAUGUUUGGCUCAUUACUCAUUUACCCCUUGAGUGAAUGCUGUGUGUGUUGACUGAGAUUCAUGUGUGAUCUGUGUGCUUCUGGUGUAUGCAUUGUACAUAAUGAAAUCUGUUUUGCUGGAAAUUCCUGGUUCUUACUAUAUCAGAGGAAUGACCUAUUUGACUCUUAGAAAAAGAUCAUCAAAUUUUGAUAAACUUUAAAAACUUGGCUAUUUAGAAGAAAUGAUAAUGGAUCAUUUUCCCAGAUUCUAGCCAUAGAAAGUUAGAUACAGAGAAUUCAGGAUUUCUGGUUAACGGAAGCAAUAAGCUACAGGACUUGAGAGAUCAUGGUGUAGGACGCACUGACUGCAUCUGAGUUAGGUGUAAGGGUUUCCUGGGAUUUUUUUAUAUACAUACUCCCCAGAACACAGUAAACCACAGUUUUAGAACUAAACAUAUCUGUGAGACUAAAUACAGCAUGGAAAAUCUAAUUUGAAUAAGUCAUACUUUCCUAGUAUUUAAAAACAAAAAACUCCCUCUGGAAAGAGUGGUCACACAGACAAUCAUGUGCCCUAUAAAAGUGAGUGUUUUUAGGACUUAAAAAAAAAUUUUUAGUAACUUUUUAAGGAUAUUUUUUGUUCUUAUAUAAAUACAUUUAAAUAUUACUUUAUAACUUUCUUUUUCUGACUCUGCUCUUAACUACAGCAGCCCUCACAUGAGCAAAAGGGCUUUUAUCUCAAACUUUUCCAUGGUUCUUCAAAUGUGCAGACAGAAAGACUAAAGCAAGAGCUCUGGCAGUUGCAAAUAGUGGGAAAGAUUAUUUUUACUGGCACUGUAUCUCUGAAAUACCUCAUAACUUGAGUUUACAUAUUUUCCUAAUUUUUUUGUAGUUUUCUUAUUCACCUAGAGAACUCUUUUUCAUGGAUUUUGACCUAUAGUUUUUACCACUUAAGCUAAAACAAAAUCCUUCCUAAUUCAAAUAUUAUAUCAGAAGCAUCCCUGGCCAAAGAAAGAAAGAAAGAAAGGCAUCUACUAGUUGUGUGCACACAACAGAAACAAGCUAAGAAAACGAAAAUAAAACCCCCAGAACAGAAAUAUGGUUGUUUCUGUGUAAAUCUCCUUAUAAAAAUAAAAUUUUCAUAUUCUUUAUGGUCUUGAUGCUUCAACUGAGGUAGGUAAACCCAAAUUUAGAAUCUAAACUGGUAUCUUUGUCAAUUUUUAACAACAUAGUACAUUUAUUAGAUCAUAGAGAGUUUUUUAAAUUACAUUUUAAAAGGCCACACAAAAGUGAAAGUACUGGGGAUUUUGGAAACCCACUUAAGCUCAUCCUCCUGUGAGAACACAGUCUUUGGGUAUGCACUAAAGGAAAGUGUGCACCCCAAGAAACUUCUACAAAACGUUUUGCUGAAAAGACCUAACCACUACAAAUAGUCUCAUUUGCAUAGAGAACCACACUUCUGCUGCUGCUUACUUGCUACUGCUACUAACGUUGGAGGAAGCUUUUCUGGGAAAAAAGAUUGGAAGCAAGCUAAAAAUUUAAUUGUACAUGGCUACUUUACUGUGUCUAUAGCUGAAGAAAAGAUUAUUUUAA